AUGUCCUUACUUCAGCACACCGGUCCAUCAACGUUUUACACGGAAUUAGCAGAGUUACCCCUUCCUGUGUCUGCUGAUUUCGUUGGUGGCGAUGUUCCACGCGUCACUUACACCAUUCGCGAUCAUGAGCGUAAUAUCACACGAUCCCUCACCAGAACUUUCCCUGGGGGCAUCGGUUCUGAUCAUCAGACAACAUCCCAUGAUUCCUCCGAAGUUAAGGCAUUUAGAACAUCUCCUUCCAAGUCUCGUCAGGCUGUCCUGCGAGAGGUUGCUGGUGGCACAAGUACGAAACGUUUCGUCGAAAUCUGGGCUGGCAUCCAGAUAGAGGCUUCCUUGGAUGUUACAAAGUACCACGAUGCUUUCCAUACAGAUGCAAUCAUCGCCGAUGAUAAUGCUUCGGAAGAUCCUUAUCCCAAAUUCAGAUACACUCCGCACUUUGGCGAACUAUCUCGCGGCAAGAAAGCACCGACCAUUUUUCUAUUCCGCUGGACAAGGUCCACAGCCUUCACCAAGGCUACUAAGCAAGAUAUAUUACUCGUUGCCCUUUCGCUGGCACAGCCUACCCAACCACCUAUCCUGUUUGGCCAAGCUACUUUUGCGACAGAAGAUAUCAUCUACACCAGUGGACACGAACACACCAAAGACGGUCGACUACUGGGGGUUAAAUGGUGCUUCAAUCGCCCCAUGGGUAUAUGGGAGAUUAAACUCCCCGAGUCAGCGACCGUGCAGGGGACACCUUUUGGUGCUAAAAUGUCAUGCAACGCAUUGAAGCUGACACCGUCAGAACGUUCUUGUCGUUCACCUCGUGUAUUAUAUGAUGACAAUCAGACACCUACUAAACUCUUCUGGUUCUCGAAUCCUGUCGGCGGUCCCCACGCAUCUUGCGUGUCUCUGGAAUCUCGUGAUCUAACUACAGGUACCAACAAGGUCCUCGUGGAUACCGUAAUGGAGCCUACCCCCGAAAACGAUUUUCCAGGUCUAUAUCCCAAUUAUAACAUGCCCUCCAGCCCGUUUUUACGUCGCGGAGACCAUACAUACAUCGUACUCCACUCCUUAUGGCGCUCUCGUGCGACGAUCCUCUUCAUUGAUACAGAAUCGGGAGCAAUUUCAGACGAGACAAAAAUGCGAGAUGGCGAACCUUUGUAUAAUUGGGAUUUACAUGCUACAGACGACAACACGCACUUCAUCUGUUCAAGAAGCACGCCUAUUACCCCACACGAAGUGUUACUAGGAUACUUUGACGAACACGACAACCUCAAUUGGAAAGUUCUAGAUAAGCCAAUGAUAUCUUUCGCAACUGAGAACGCACUCCGUGAUCUCACUGCAUCGAUCAUACCCAUUGGCGCGCGUCCUCCAACAGAGACUAUUAUAAUUCAGUCGAAGAAAGCUUCCACAAGACCUGGCCCAAAACCCAUCUGCAUUACCAUUCCACAUGGAGGACCACAUACAUCAACGACAACAUCAUUCUACCCAGCUACUGCUGCACUAGCCUUGGAAGGAUAUACAAUUUCCCUUCCCAACUAUACCGGUUCCAUGGGAUUUGGCGAAAAGUACAUCCAAAAACUUGUUGGGCACUGUGGAACAAUGGAAGUACAAGACGUCGUAGAGAGCGUCAACGAGCUCAUCCAGCUGGGCAUCUCAGAGCACGGACGACAAGUCGUUCAAGGUGCAAGCUACGGCGGUUUCCUCGCCGCGCACCUGAUCGGCCAAUACCCAACCCUAUUUAACGCAGCAGUGAUGCGCAACCCCAUAACCAGUUUUGGCGAACUAGCGUCCGACAUCCUCGACUGCGCUUACACUGAAUUCGGGCUCCAAUUUACUCCGGACUCGCUCAUGACACCCGCCACAUUCCAAAAAAUGUUCGAAGCGUCGCCUAUCGCGCACGUCGAUAAUGUACGCGCGCCUGUAUUGUUGUUGAUUGGAGAAGACGACUUGCGUGUGGUACCGGCACAGGGGUUGAGAUUUUAUCAUGCGCUCAAGGGCAGGGAAAGGAGAGUGGAGAUGUUGUGGUUUAAGGGGGAGAUGCAUUUACUCGAUGGUAUAGAGGCGGCAAGAGUUUCAUUGGAGGCUGGGAGGGAUUGGUUUAAGAAUUUGGGGCAAAACCCAGCUGACUGAUGAUGUGGAGGA